AAUUUAUUGCGAAAAGUCUUUACGUUCCAAAACAAAAAGUCACAAGUCUUUACGUUUCUUUCAGAAUCACAACAACACGUCUUUACCAAUUUCUUCGUAAAUAAGUUUCUCCUCUGAUCCAUCACAAUCAAGAGAGUUUUCAAGAAAGUCCAGCAAUCGUGGCGAAGCUUUAUAAGGAAGACGAGGAGAGAAAGAAAGCAAUGGAAGAAGAAGAAGAAGACGAAGAAGAGGAGGAAGAAGACAUGUUCGAAGACGCCGUGUGUACCACGCCAGCCAGAGUCAACACGCCUUUGUCCGUAAUCACAGAGGCCUUCGAAGAUCUCGCGGAUUUGCUGAAACCGCAAAGAUCUGAGAUCACCGAAGAAGAAGAUGGAUUGAUGAGGCUUGAUGAUUUUUGUAGUGCCUGUAGUCAUGUCCCUGUCCUCUUCGAUUGCCUCGGUUUUGCUUUCAAAUUUGCGGAGAUGGAGUACGUAGCCAAGGUUAAGGAUUUGGAGGAGGCAUCAAAAACGUUCGACACGUUACAGAACAUUCUUGACCUAGACGUGGAGAAAGAAACGGUCAAAACACCGGGAAGCCAUUCGCGUAAUCUAAGACGAGUCAGACAAGGCUUAGAUCUCAUCCGAGCCAUCUUUGAACAAUUCUUGAUCGCAGAUGACUAUUCGUUGAAAGACGCUGCGACAACAGCGUACACGGAAGUAUGCGCACCGUUUCAUACAUGGACCGUUAGAACAGCGGUUUAUGCAGGGAUGUAUACACUUCCGACGAGGGAUCAGCUUUUGUUACGGCUCAAUGAAACAGAUCAAUCUGUUGAGAAGAACAUGAGGAGGUACAUGGAAGCAUCUCGACCUAUCAUAGAGUAUAUUGACAAGCUUUACAUUCAAAGGAACAUUAAACUUGAUUGGUAAAAACAAAAUUUUGUUCUUGAUCAAGUAAUAUUCUAGACAAAAAUUUGUCCUUGUAAAUUAUUAUAAUUAUUAUUGAUUUUUUUUUUGUUUUUCUAAAUUACAAUUUGAAGCCUUGCUAUGAGGCUUCCCCAAAAAAUUGUU